AAAUCUUUCUGGACAUGUUUUUAGUUGGCUUAACUGGUGGAAUUUCCACGGGUAAAAGCUCUGUGGCAUUAAUGCUUAGAAGUAUGGGUGUAGAAGUUAUUGAUGCUGACAUUGUUGCCCGUGAAGUGGUUGAACCUCAAAAACGAGCUUGGCGAAGGAUAAGAAAGGAGUUUGGAGAUGCUGUAUUUCAUACUGAUGGUUCUUUAAAUCGUAAGGCCAUGGCUGCAGUCAUAUUUGCUGAACCUGAUAAGAGGAAACUUCUGAAUUCAAUUACACAUCCUGAAAUAUAUAAAUCUAUAUUUUGGAAGUGUUUGAAACUAUUUUUUUCUGGUCAUCAAUUUGCUGUGAUUGAUUUACCUCUUUUAUUCGAAAGCGGACAAAUGGUUAAGUAUUUGCAUAAAACAAUUGUUGUUGCAUGUGAACCACAUCAACAGAUAGAAAGAUUGAUGAAUCGAGACAAACUUUCUGAAUCUGAAGCUCUGGCUAGAAUAAAUGCUCAAAUGCCACUUCAAGAUAAAAUAAAGUUGGCAGAUUUUGUUAUAUACAACAAUGAUAGCGAAGAUUUGACAAAAAAUCAAAUCCAAUCUGUAGUGAGUCAAUUACGAAAUUUUAAGACACAUUGGAGAAACAGAAUAAUUUUCGGCAGCUGUGUUAUUAUUUUUGUUACUAUUAUUAGUGGUGGGACAUAUUCACUUUGGUCACUCUUUAAGCAUUGACAUUGGUUUAUCCUUCUAUCUAUUUACAUACAUGGGAAUUGGAAAAUGUGUGGCCAAAUUUAAUAAAGGGCUUGAGGAGACAAAUAUCAAAACAUUCACAGGAUUAUGUGUGUCUGGAUGCAGCUUGGGUGGAUUCAGGGAGGGUCAAAGGGUCAGCUGACCUCCCUGUGACAAGAAUUUUAAUUUAUUAUGAUUAUUAUUAAACUUUAACUUUUUAGAUCCAAAAAAAUAGUACAUGGAAUCAAUGUUAACCUUUUUUGCUUGGUUCUGUAAGGUAUUCCUUCUCAAUGCAUCAUAAUUCAAUUGAUUUACAGAGUUUGUUUACUGGUCUAUUGCUAUUUUCAGAUUUUUGUCAUUUCUAAUGAACUUAACGUUUUUUCAAAGCACUCUUCCGUUUUGAAUCACACACGUCGUUUAAGUGUUAUGCAGGGGUCCCCAGCUGGGGGGGUCAUGCUGCAGACUGCAGCAUUGAAAUUUUUAGAGAAGGGUGUUUUGAGGGGUAUUUUUCUUGCUUUUUUUUGGGGAGGGUCUUUGCAAUAUUUAGGGGGGGGGUGCACUUGCUCCUAGGGAUGAGCACCCCUGGUGUUGUGUGUGCUUUUCUCGACUAUUUUACUGCUGUAAUCAAAUACAUUCAAAGUAUAGGGAAUGUGAAUUGCCUGUCUGCCCAAAGAAAAAUUUUGAUGUACAUUUGAGGGAGGUUUCCCCAUUGAAAAAUUUAGCGAGGAUUUGAAAGGAUUUUGAUUUUUUUUUGGGGGGGGGGAGUAUUCCAUAGUAUAUGAGAGGGUGCCAUCCUCUUUGCCGGAUUGACUCCCAUCUUAACUGAUCUUUUUUUCUUUAAAAGUACAACAGGCUGGCAAUUGAAACUUGACCCCUUUUACAAAAAAUUUUCGGAUUUGUCCUUGGGUAGAGGGCACUAUGUAAAGCAAUCGAAAAAGGAGGCAGGAGAGAGAAGAAAACCAUUAUGCGUUAUGAUUUUAUGCAGCUGUGUAAUACUGCUGGAGAUCUGCAGCACAUGGCUGGUGUUUGUUACAAGGUAUGUUGUUCCAUGCUGCAGUGAUGUGAAUCAUGUAUUAAAUUGUGUAAAAUUAGAACAACGAACAACUUUCCUCAUUAUCCCCUUAUUCCAACUGAUCUACAUAUUGUUGCCUCAAAGUAAUAGUAAGAUAUCUAAUCCCAGAAAUAACACUGAGAUAUCUUACUAUUGCUCUGAGGCGACGAUAUCGCCCUCUAUCGCCUUUGUGUGUUGUAUUUGAACAUGCUCAUAUGGCCCACUACAUUAAAUACUUUUAUAUUUGUCCCUAAUCCCCUUCAAAAUUGGCCACACGUUUUCUGAUCACCCAGUAUACAUAUAUGUUUCUGUAUUUGUCAUAAAAAAGAAAGUAUAAGUGAAGGUUUUAAUUUCCUAUGCUUGAUAUAUUUUGUAUAAUAAUUCAUAUUUAAGAAAUUUUUAUAAAUAAUUUUGCGCUCAUUAUAUUCAGCUGUGCACUCAUACCGUCAACUCUCUCAAAUUGCCAAUACGAGAGCCACACAAAAUUUAAGAUGGAAACAAUAUCAUGAAUAUAAUUUGAAUCAUGAAGAUUUCUUUGCUAGAACUUGCUGCAACCAUAUGAUGAAUUGCAUUAUUUUAGGCUUACUUUAUGGUAUAUUUUUUGUUAAUCUAUUAUUUUCAAGACAGUUUUCACAAUUUGCAUUUUAUCUGAGUAUGUGUGCAUUAAUAGGUUACAGACUACUUAGUUAUAUAUCUGUAGAUAAUGAAAACCAAAUGAGAAUGCUCACAUAGCCACUCACAGGUGAGAUGGUAUAAAAGAAAAUUUAAAAUCAUGUUGGGAAAGAGGACUGGGAACUGUAAUGAUUGUUAAAAAAUUGGAAGGUUGAGGAUAAAAAAAAGGUUGUUAUUGUAUCCAGCUUGAGAAACUUUUUAAGUUAAUUUCAGAUAAAGUUAUACUACAGUUGGACCUCCAUAUAUCGAAGUAGCAAAUUCCUGAAAAAAAAUUCGAUAUAUAGGAAUUUCGAUGUAUAGAAACGAUCUUUUUUUAUCGUACAAAUCUCCUAAAAUACUAAAAUUAAAGCUAAUUUUCGUGUAUGAAACCCAAUUUCUAAUUUACACGAGCAUCAGAUUAAAUGAAAGUUGAUAAUUAAAAAAUUAACAAAUAACAUUUUUGCGCCAUCAUACAUCUUCAUCCUUUGGCAAUUAACUUGAUCCGCAACAUUAGGGGAGUUUCGUUUUGACAAUGUAAUCGAGAGAAAAGUAAAAAAUCAAUCUACUUAACUUGAAUGAUUUUUACUGAAGCUAAAAAACUAGGAAUGACAAUCAACCGACAAAAGGGAUAACUUGAAACUGAUUUUAGUGUUACUGGUUGUAACUUAGAUUUGAAAUGAACUUGAGGGAAUUUAAGAACUCCAUAACGGAACAACAACCUAUCUAGGGGUGUGACCCUCAAUCCCAGAUUACUUCUUUUCGUAGCAACCUUUAGUAAACAUAAUAUUCUCCCCUAACCUUCAUUUUUCAUGAGGCAGACAGUGUAAAGCGGAAAAAAAUCUACGAAUGUCUCGAAAAAAAUUUCGAAAUAUAGAAACAAUUUUUCUAUGUAAUGAACAUGGAAAUUUGCUGGGAUUUCGAUAUAUAGAAAAUUUUGAUAUGUGGAAGUUCGAUAUAUGGAGGUUCGACUGUAUUGUAAUGAAACUACAAUUUUUGAAGAUUCUUUUUUACAGAGUGAUAAAAAGUCCUUUUUAAAAACUGAUCAUUUGAUGUUUUCAAUUCAUUUUAAAAUUCUAGAUAAUGUUACAAAUGUAAUAAAGGUUAAAGCCCAUUUUGCUUGUAUACAUUACUUUCCUUCUCAUGAAAAACAUUAUUUAUUGUUGAUUGAUUCUGUGUAUUAUUGCAACUAUUUUGUAAAAAAAGUUGUUAAUUACUCUUGUACUUCUU